GCACUGGCUGUUACCAUCAUCAUGACCAUCCUCUCCUCUACACUUGCUGCCAUCCACUCUGCCUGGAACCGAAUUCAUCCUGAACCAUACCACACAUCUAUCCUGGGAGGUCAAGAGUGGGUUGAAGAGCUACUUGAUGGCCACCAUGAUCGCAUGCGAGACAACUUGGUCCUUCGACCAGCACUUUUCCUCUAG